AAUACUGUCUAAUUUUGGAAACCAUUGAAUUCCCAACCCCCCAUCAACGCCAAAUUCCAGCUCCUCUCACCCAGAAACUGUCCCCACAACGCCGGAGGUUAGCAAAUCUUUCUCUGCAUCUGGCAGGCUUUCUCUUGUAAAUCCAAUCCCAUUUCAUCGAGUUUUCAGUUGCCUUCAUUUUCAAGAAUUCCAAAAAUCCACUUGAAAAAGAGCUGAAGAAACAUGAAUUCGAGUUACGGGAAAUCGAACAGCAAAUCGGGCUCGAUCAAUGCCUUCGACUUCGAUCUUGGCCUGGGUUCGGGCCGUUCGAAGUCUAUGAAUGAUCAGAAAAAUCAGACUUCCUCGUAUUCAUCAACACCUUACACGUAUUCAUCAGCUCAACAAAAGCCAAACACAUCUUCGUCCUGGACUCAUCAACCCAACAAGCCCGCGUGGACCCAUCAACCCGCAACUUCGGUUCAGUCGGGCAUGGCCGGAUCUUUAUCAGGCCCGACAUCAAUGGUGGGAGAUAUAUUUGGGAAGAGCUGGAAUUCCUCGGCGACUUCCGGUUCCGGUGUUUCGGGUGUUGGGAUUGUGAAUAGUAAGAACCCAAAUCUGUUUGGUGAUCUGCUGAGCUCGGCGAUGGGAAUGAACAAGAGUAGCAAUGCACCAUUGAAAAACGCUGCGCCAGCUGCGAGCAGGAGCACAUUCUCAAUGGGGGGAAUGGCUGAUUCGUUGCCUAAAACUGGUAAUUCCUCCAGCGGAACUUGGGGAUCUAAUGUCAGUAACAGUGGUGGAAAUGUGAAUUUUGGUGGUAAUUUUAAUAAAAGUUCAAAUCUUGGUGGUGGGAAUGUGAAUUUUGGUGGUAACUUUAAUAAGAGUUCAAGUCUUGGUGGUGGGAAUGUGAAUUUUGGGGGAAGCAAUACUAAAAACCCAAAUCUUGGUGGUCCAUCAAUGAAAAGUAUGGCCGGAAGUGGGAUAGGAGGUGGUGGGAUGGGUGCAAGUAAGGACCCUUUUGUAUCUUUGGUUGAUUUUGGGUCUAAGCCGCAUGGUGGUAUGAAGUCAGCAAGUAAAGAAAAUGAUAAGAGUGAUUUUGGGAAUGAUCCAUUUGGGGAAUUUCAAAAUGCUGCCCCAAAGGCUAGUGCUUCAUCAUUUUCAUCAGGUGCUUUUCCCACGAGUAACAGUGACCCCAUGGAUGAUUUUGGGUUUUUGAAUGCUCAGACUCACAGUCAAAAUCAGCCCUCAGUGCAAUCAUCCGCAACAAAUGAUUUUGAUGCAUUGUUUUCUUCAUCUUCUGAUGGUGGCGUGAGGGGGAGUGAAGGGUUCACCAGCCAGCAGUUCACAGGAACUGAUGACUGGGGAAUAAAUUCAGAGUUUGGAGGAGGGGAUGAUAAUGGGACAACCGAGCUUGAAGGCCUUCCUCCCCCACCUGCUGGUGUUACUGCUCCAUCUGCAAAGAACAAGGGUAUGGACAACUACAAGCAAGGCCAAUUUGCUGAUGCCAUCAAAUGGUUGUCUUGGGCUGUCACUCUUCUUGAGAGGGCUGGUGACAGUGAUGGAAAAAUGGAGGUCUUAAUCUGCAGAGCCUCAUGUUAUAAGGAAGUUGGGGAGUACAAGAAGGCUGUCGCUGACUGUACAGAGGUGCUGGAACAUGAUUCCAAAAAUGUCUCUGUCCUAGUACAACGCGCUCUCCUUUAUGAGAGCAUGGAGAAAUACAAGCUCGGGGCUGAAGACCUCAGAACUGUGAUGAAACUUGACCCUGGCAAUCGGGUGGCAAGGAGCACCAUUCAUCGCUUGACUAAGAUGGCUGGCUAGAGAAGUUUCUGAUGAUAUUUUUCUCUAAUCUCUUGACACAUACGUGAUCCAGAACAACACCACCUGAACUCAGCAUCUCGGAAACUGUAUGAUUAUUCUUUCUAAAGUUGUAUGUUUGUAAUCUUGUCCUUUACAAGCGAAUAUGUUAUAAUUCAUACUGAGAUUGGCGGGGAAGUUGCCCAUUGUGUUUUCUUAGACCUUUGUUAAGACAAUGAUGAUGAACUCAAUUUGUUGUUCCUGCAUGAACGAUUUUUCCCUCGAAA